GCCAGGAGGCGAGCCACGCCGCGGGCGCGGGAGAGCGCUCGGCGCCCGGGAGCCAGUCCCCGCGGCCCGCUAAACCGCCGCCCCAACGUGCGACCCCUGCGGGAGCUGCUGCCUUGAGACCAUGAAGAAGGAAGUGUGCUCCGCGGCCUUUCUCAAGGCAGUGUUCGCAGAGUUCCUGGCCACCCUCAUCCUCGUCUUCUUCGGCCUCGGCUCGGCCCUCAAGUGGCCGUCGGCGCUGCCCACCAUCCUGCAGAUCUCGCUGGCCUUCGGCCUGGCCAUAGGCACCAUGGCCCAGGCCCUGGGGCCUGUGAGCGGUGGCCACAUGAAUCCCGCCAUCACGCUGGCCCUCCUACUGGGCAACCAGAUCUCCCUGCUCCGGGCAGCUUUCUACAUGGUGGCCCAGCUGGUGGGCGCCAUUGCUGGGGCUGGCAUCCUCUAUGGGGUGGCACCACGCGAUGCCCGAGGCAAUCUGGCCGUCAACGCGUGGAGUGGUCUCAUGGAACCAUCAGAGAGAGCUCAACAACAACACAACUCCGGGCCAGGCCGUUGUGGUGGAAAUGAUUCUGACCUUCCAGCUGGCGCUCUGCAUCUUCUCCUCCACCGACUGCCGCCGCAUCGGCCCUGUGGGCUCCCCAGCCCUGUCUAUUGGCUUGUCCGUCACACUGGGCCACCUAGUGGGGAUCUACUUCACCGGCUGCUCCAUGAACCCGGCCCGCUCUCUCGGCCCCGCAGUGAUCAUGAAGCAGUUCAGCCCCUCGCACUGGGUGUUCUGGGUGGGGCCCAUCAUGGGGGCUGCCUUGGCUGCUAUCCUCUACUUCUACCUGUUCUCCCCCAACUCCCUGAGGCUAAGUGAGCGUGUGGCCAUCAUCAAGGGCGCGUCUGAGCCUGAGGAGGACAGAGAGGAGCGGAGGAAGACCAUGGAGCUGACUGCCCAGUGACCAGCAUCACGCAGGGGCCAGCCUCUCAGCCCCUGAACUGCAGGGGGAAAGAAGAGAAACACAUGAUGGCAAAGCUUCCUUCCCCCGCAGCUGAGGAGGAGGUGCUGGCUCCCCAGGCUGAACAGUUAGAGUUGGAGCAGGAACACAGGAUGGGACUCUUGGGGUGGGGGCCAG